GCACCCACCUGUGCCACUCUGCAGUGUCACACACCUGUGCCCAGAAGUGCCACCUACCUGUGCCCAGCAGUGCCACCCACCUGUGCCCACCCACCUGUGCCCACCAGUGCCACCCACCUGUGCCCACCCACCAGUGCUGCCCACCAGUGCCACCCACCAGUGCAGCCCAGCAGUGCUGCCAGUCAGUGCCACCAGUCAGUGCCCAGGGGUUGUGCCAGUCAGUGCCGCCAGUCAGUGCCCAGCAGUGAUGCCAGUCAGUGCCGUCUAUCAGUACCCAUCAUCAGUGUCACCUAUCAGUGCCGCCUAUCAGUGCUGCCUAUCCGUGCCACCUCAUUAGUACUGCCUAUCAGUGCCCUUUAG